CUCCGGGACAUGGUGCCAGUCGCGCGAGGUCCGCAUGCGCAGGUUGCCUACGGCCUUCGGUUCCCAAAACGCUGGCAAGAGGAGCUUUUCCUGGCUCUGCAGAGCUUCCGACUGCUUCCGUCUGGAAAAGGGGAUGGCUCCCUGUGCAUGCGCGCAGUCGGCAAGGAAGAGCUCUGGCAAGUGGCUGAGUCGUUGCUGUCGCAGCUUCGCACCUUUCUGCGCCUGGGCAUGGUGGCUUACAAUAGUGUCGCGAGCACGACCUCGAAGGCGGGCCAGUGGCUUCGGGCUGGACAGCACUUGGACACCAGCCGUCAGCGGAGUCCGCAAGGAUCUCCGGAUGUCGUGGCUGCAAACGUUGCCAUCGGUGCUUUUGGUGAACGAUGGCAAGCAGCUGCCCACAUUUUUGCGAAGCUCUGGAGCUGGAAUGUGGCCGACCGGGUGUCUUUCAACACCCUUAUCCGCUCUUGCAGAGACCCAAAAACCUCCUGGAGCUGGGCCUGGGCUUUGCGACUCUUGGAGCAAUCCCGCGCGGUCCGGUCACGGGACGUUGUCUCCUACAGCUCUGCACUCCAUGCCAGUGCUCGCAGUGCCCGCAGUGCCAGCAAGGAUUGGAGGAUGGGAGUCAUGCUACUGCGAGACUUGGAGGUGGAGCUUCUGCAGCCCGACGUUGUCCUCUGGUCGGCAGCGGUCAACUCGCAAGCACGCUCGGCGUCCUGGUCGACGGCUUUGUUCUUGUUGGAGAGGUUGCCAGCUCACAGCGCCCAGCCCAACAUGCAGACUUUCGGGGCAGCCAUGGCUGCUUUCGACACAGGUGAUUGCUGGAGUUGGGCUCUCUCCCUGAUGGAGGAUCUGCAGGAGAUGCGGCUUGACCCCAACACCUUGAUCUACAAUGCUGCAAUAACUGCAUGUGAGAAAGGCCAAGAGUGGCAGAUGUCCUUGGCUCUGUACUCGGCUGACAGAGAUGGGAAGCCCGACUUGAUUUCUUGCAACGCUGUUCUCAGCGCCUUAGCUCAAGGCAACUGGCAGCUGGCACUAGCCUUCUUCUCAGAACUCGGCCAAGAGCGGAAACUGGAUAUCUUCAGCUUCGGGGCAGCUCUUUCUGCAUGUGACCGAGCCUGCUUGUGGGAGCAUGCGCUGUCAAUACUGGCCGAGCUGCCGGCCAGGAAGUUGCGCGCCAACACCGUGACCUGCAACACUGCCAUCAGCACUUGUGCAAAGGCUGGCCGUUGGCAAGUCGCUCUGCAGCUGCUCGCCGACACGAUUGCCGGCACUCUGGACGUGAUAUCGUUCAAUUCUGCCCUGGCUGCAAGCGCGAGGGCGGAAGAGUGGCGCCCGGCUCUGCACCUCCUCUCUGAGCUCCCAGCACGCCGGUUGCAGGCAACCUCGAGUAGCUGUAACUCUGCCAUCAUGGCCUGUGUCGGAAGCUGGAGAUGGGCACUGGGAGUCCUCAGCUCUGUGCCUUCGGGCCCGGACAAGGUAUCCUUCGAUGCGGCACUCCGGGCAUGCGAGGCCCAGGCUGGCAGAUGGAAAGAGACCCUUCGACUGCUGAGUGACUUUCGGGCGGCGAGCCAUCAGCCAGAGGUCAUCACAUUCAGCACCGGGAUUAGCGCAAGCCAAGCUGCCAGCCAGUGGCAGGAGGUGUUCCAACUCUUGGCAGCGCUGCGGGCAGCGGAGCUCCGCCCGAGCAUUGUGACAGCAGCUGCUGCUGUGCUCGCUGCAACAUUUGGCCAACGUGGGCUUGAGGUGAAGCGGUGGCUGCGUCAUCUGCAGCAUCGUGGAAUUUCUGGUCUGGCUGGAAUCCGAAGCUGUUAG